UGCGUAUUUGCCAAUAUAUGUUAGUUAAAUAGUAUAGAGUUAAGUUGUAAAAAAAAUCCAAGAAGCAACAACAAGCCAUUCAAAAUGGAUGAGGAAAAUAGCGACACUCCGCGUGUGACGCGCGCUCGAACACGCCGCAUGUCCGCCUUGGAAAGCGAUCGUCCUUUGACGCCACAGGUGGAUUUGGUCGCCGAGCGUCCUGCUGCAGCAUCUCCCCGUGUGAUGCGGCGAACUCGCGUGAAUUCGUCAACAAUCGAAUUAAGGACACCCAUACGUGCCACCCGCUCAUUGUUGGCACGCGGGGAUACCCCGGAACCGGCCACGCCCACUUUGAGCUUGUCGGCCGCCAAGCGAGCAACGCGCACGCCAGCUAAAUCCGCACGCAAGCAGUUGACACUGCAAGAGGAUUUGAAAGAAGAGGAAGCCGAGGCAAAACAAGCUUCUAUUGAAGUUGCUGUAGACCCCAUAACUCCAGUUCAAAAAGGUGCAGCUGGCGCGAUCAGCACGCCGCCAUCAGAUGACAGGCGGGUGACGCGUUCCAUGUCGAAGACACCACCCGUGGCUGGACGCUCCGCCAACAACACGCCAACUAAUGUAAAAAAUUCGCCGAAAGCAAAGCCAAAAGAAACCCAGCAAAAACCUGUCACCCCUAAAAUUGUAGACGUGCAAAAGAUUCACUCUGAUGAGAAAGUAGCCGAAAAAUCGAUAUCUAAAUUUCAAACAAAACAGGCACCAGUGGAAGAAGCCGAAAUGGAUGAACGGCUAGCAAAUGUGUCAAUGUCAAUGGUUGCCACAACCUCUAAAGUUAAAGUGAAUGUGAAGGACAUCCUUUUGGACUAUAAAAGUCCCAUAGCGCCCAAAGAGACAAAUAAAACCAAUCCACAGGAUGAAGAGAACAACGGCAUGGAAAAAGCGAAGGAACAGUUGAUGCCAUCAACUGAAGCCACAGAGGUAUUAUUAGAUGAUCUUGAUGUGGCGCUAGUAUGCGAUGCUCUCGUCAUCGAUGAUGUCCGCUUGCCGGACCUUACGCCAAAGUUAAUGUCUCGGGUGGUGGAACAGAAAAGCUCAGAGUCUAGGAAAGCUGUGGGCUUUAACGGUGACAAUCAAGUGGAGGAUGAUACGAAGACGAAAUAUCCAAAAACACCAGCGCGAAUAACUAAUUUAUCGGUGAAAAAGGGCAGCAUGUUGAAGGUUAAGCACGAGACACCUCUAAAGCCCCUUCUAAAGGAACGUAAAAGCUCAACUCCACUAGCAAAGUCAGAGACUCCACUCCAGGACGAGCAGACAGUUGCCUCCGAUGAGCCAAGAAAACAGCCGCCUGCUCAAAUCGACGUGAUUCCACCAUUCUCAGCGUUGGAGGACGACAACAAUAAUAACAAAUCUACAGAAGUUGAAAUUACCAAGGAGACGCUCGCCAGCCGUCUUGACAGCGAUGACGAGGAUGAGGAAGCUGAUCGCUCCGCUUCACUCCACAACGAAGACGAGUAUGAAGACGCCGAGGAGGACGAAGAUAAUCGCUCAGCUUGUGAGUUUUUUGACACCGAAGCAGAGGUUUUUGAGAAUUACGAAUCGGGCGACUCAAUGGACAGCGCCGAACGACGCGAAAUCAAGGAGAAUGAAAUACUGUACGAUGGCGAGUCUGUCGGCAGUCAGGACACACCAGAUGAGCACUCGGAGGAUGAGGAGGAGGGGAGUGCCGAUGAGCGAAUGUCAUUCAUAGUGAGCGACAGUGAUGGAGAAGGUGAUGGCGAUGGUUGUAGCAUUACGUCCCUGUGCUUCUCAUCCGCUGAAGAAGAUGCCGAGGAUGCCAAGCUACAGAAAAAAUAUCGUCGUAUUGUAUCAAUUGACAGCAGUGAUGAAGAAAAACCAGGCGAUACUGUGGCGAAGGAAAAUGAAGUCAAAAACGAUGAAAAUGCGGAAGAAAAGCCGAUGGAAAAGAAGGAGAAGGAAACAGCAGAGCUGCCGGAGAAAUCACUGAAGCCAACAGAAAGCGAGGAGGCCGUGCAGCUGGACAAGUCGAUUGCCAUUAACAAAACUGUUUCAUCCGUUGGACACAGCGAUGAGGAACCGAUGGAAAUUGAUGAGGUGUCUUCCAGUUCCGAUGAUGAGGAUGGAGGAAACGAGUCAAAACUGAAUAACAAGUCCAUAUAUGAAGUACUCGAUUCUUGUGGUGAUGAUGAUGGUGAUGAGUCGAGCGUUAAAGUUGGCGCGAAGGAUAAUGUUGAUGAUGUAGGUAAAUCCCUCAAAAGCAGUGCAGAGCAUGAAAAUGAACAGGCUUCUUCAUCAAAUGGUAAAGAUAAUGAUGAAAUACCCAUUUUAUCGUCAAAGCAAUCUGAGCAAUCCUCGACAGAGACAGUUGCUGGUUGCAAAUCAGUGGCAACUGCCAGCGAAUCUUCGACAUUCCAUGACAAGCAAAAGCGUGGCGAAGAGGAGGUGCUCCUGGCUGAGCUCGCCUCCUGCGACGUCUCGCAUCUGCAGAAAAUGUUCAAUCCGCUCCAGAAGUCGCGUCGUCAAACGCUCUACAUGGAGGAUACGCCCAUGCCAGCCAAGGAGCCCAAAUUGAAGCGUCGCAGUGUGCAACUGAACAGCGAUGUCCAGCCAUCCCAAUCUUUCAUCGAAACCCUGGCCGAGGAGCAGCGCCGUCUAUCGAAGCGUAAACGCAUGUCCAAAAGCUUCUGUGGUGCUGCCGAUAAUCUGGACGUGAGUGUGGUGGAGGAAGUGCAGCGUAAGAAGGCCAAAAGAUCGUGUGAUAAUGCCGAAGCUGAGAAGGUUGAAGCGGAACGGUCCGCUGAUCAGCUGGAGAAGGUGCUUACUGCUACUGACCAGCUAGAGGUGGAGUUGCCUGUUACCCAGAUGGAGGUGGAACUGCCUGUUGCCAAAAUUGAGAAGGAGCUGCCUGAUGUCCAGAAGGAGCAGGAGCUGCCUGUUGCCCAGAAGGAAAAGAAUCUGUUGCCUGUUGUCAACAAUGUUGAGAAGGUACUGUCUUCUGCCAAGGUUGAGAAGGAGCUGCCUGCCAGGAAGGUUGAGAAGGAGCUGCCUGCCGGCAAGGUAGAGAUGAAGUUGCCUGCCAGCAAGGUUGAGAUGAAGUUGCCUGCUGCCCAAAAAGAAGAUGCCCAGAUUGAGGAGCAGACGCACCUUGUUUGUGUGGAGCAACUGCCUGUUGCCAAGUUGGAGCUGCAACUCCCUGCUGCUGCACCCAAGGAGCCUGCAAAGCGGCGCAGCUUCUAUUUAGAUUACUGUGACAACAUCCUGCUGGCGGCCAAUGAAGCCAAGCUGCAGCAAAAGAAACAACAACGUCUCGCUGCUGGCGACCAGCAAGUGAAGCAGAAGCGUCCAUCUAAAGUCGUUACCGAUCCCUUGCCAAACUCUCAAAUUGCCAUACUCAGAGCGAGUCCGGAAAGAGAACUUUCUGCCAAGAUUAAGAAGAACGUGAAACGUUUGCAGGCCACCAAGCAGGCCGUCAAGCAGGCUGUGAAUCAUGCCGUGCAGCUUCUCGUGCCGGAUGCAGCAGCUAACAAGCAGCCCCAAUCGCUGGCUCGCAAAUUGUCCCCGCAGCCGGAGGUCAAUGGCAGGACGACGAAGCAAACAAAGGCAAAGGCAAAUAAGAAGAAGAAGCGUAAAGGGUUGGUGGAGCAGGUGACGCCGGGGAACAGCUCGGAAGAGGAGGAGCUUAUUAAAACCAGGGCCGGCUGGGUCUUUGUCACCAAGGAGCAACAGGAAAUUGUCAAAACAAACUCGGGUCCCAUGAUUGUCGAGCCCUGCACGCCAAAACAGAAGCAUUUCAGGGUUGAUCAUUUGACACCCGUGGGUCUUGGCUUCCAGGAGCAGCAGCUGCCCCACAGGACAAAAGCAAAGGAUAAACGCAAUGCAGCCACUGAGGCGGCGUUGCGAUUCAAAAUGAAAAUGUUCGGCAGAGAUAAGUGAUUAUAAAUGCAUAGUAUAGUAUUCGAUUGUUGUUGGAUGUAUUCGCAGGUUCCGGAAUUCCAUAUUUUUAUGUUAUCUUUCAAGUCAGCUUGUCACAUUUUAUGUUUAAGCAUGGAUCAAAUCUAAAUUGAAUUAUUUUGUUCAAAUUAUUGUUCAUUUUUUCGUUUAUGCCAUAUUUGAAGUUGCUGAUUUAGUUUUGUUGUUCACUGAUAUAUAUUCUACAAUCUAGAUCACACCUUAAACAUACUCCAAUUCCCAGUUCAUUUAUUGUAUUUAAAUAUAAUCCAUAAUUUACUAAGAAACUCUAUUGAUGUUUAUAAUAAACAUCAAUUAAAAAAUAUAUAUAUUUGUAGGCUCUGUCAAUGA